UCUGGGGUGCAACCGUCGGUAGAGUAGGAUAAUUUAGUAAUUCCCUUUUUGAUUUCUUCGAAUAAGCGCAACAACUCUCUCUGGCUAGCUGUUCUCCAACAACCUCGAAACCAUCUCUGUUUUCCUUUUCUCCUCAUCUGCAACUGCAAAUUGAAGAACAUUUUAAGUUACAUUCAAAGUCAAUUCGAUGGCCGCUCCUCCUUCACCAAUCGGAUUCGAAGGAUACGAAAAACGCCUCGAAAUUACCUUCUCUGAAGCUCCCAUAUUUGUUGACCCACAAGGUCGCGGCCUCCGAGCCCUGACUCGGUCUCAAAUCGACUCUAUCCUCGAUGCCGCACGCUGCACCAUUGUGGAUCAGCUCAGUAACUCGGAGUUUGAUUCUUACGUUCUCUCCGAGUCGAGCCUCUUCGUUUACCCUCUAAAGAUAAUACUCAAGACCUGCGGAACAACAAAGCUGCUUCUAGCGAUUCCUCCGAUUCUGAAACUCGCGAGUUCGCUCUCGCUCUCUGUUUUCUCUGUUAAGUACUCUCGUGGGAGCUUCAUAUUUCCUAAUGCUCAGCCUUCCCCACAUCGCAACUUCUCUGAAGAAGUGGCGGUCCUUAAUGGCUAUUUCGGUAAUUUAGCAUCCGGUGGAAGGGCUUACAUCAUGGGCGAUCCGGCGAUUCCGAAUCAGAACUGGCACAUCUACGUGGCCUCUGGUAACUCGCAACCUACUGAUCGCACGGCUGUGGCCAAUUUGGAAAUGUGCAUGACCGGGUUGGACCGGGACCGAGCCGCCUUGUUUUACAAGAAAUCAGAGGGAGAUUCGGCCAAGCAAAUGACCAAACUCGCCGGAAUCGCCGAUAUAAUGCCUUCUCAUGAGAUCUGCGACUUUGAAUUCGAUCCGUGCGGUUACUCGAUGAAUGCAAUCGACGGUUGUGCUUUCUCGACAAUACACGUCACACCUGAAGACGGGUUCAGCUACGCCAGCUAUGAGACCAUGGGGUUCGACUCCAGUUCGGUCGAGUUUGAACCGCUAAUCAAGCGCGUGCUGAGGUGCUUCCGCCCUGCUCAGUUCUCUGUUGCUGUGACUUGCUAUGGUAGUGGGCCCACCACGUGGGGCCAGGAUGAAGUCUUGGAAGGAUACAAGUGCGAGAACGUGGCGAAGCAAGAUCUCCCCGGUGGUGGGUGCAUAGUAUACCGUUGCUUCACCGAAAGCGAGAACGUGUGUGCAGUGUCCUCCCCUAAGUCGAUUCUGCAUUGCUGGGAUGACAUGAUGGCUGAGGAUGGAGAAGAAAUUGUUGAUAUGGUGGAGAAGAAGAAGAAGAAGAAGAAGAAGAAUAAGAGGAAGAGUAAAAGUAAAAGCUUUGGUGCACCUGCACCGGCUUUCACCUAUGUUUCUGUGGUUUAGUUUGGGUCCAGCCAGCCAGAUGGGUUCUAAUGUGGUCCAUAUAGUGGUAGUUUCUUUAUUACUGUUUCUUGUCAUUGGUAUUUUUUCGUAUUUUCGUGGUGGUUAGUGUCUUUUUCGUAUUUUCGUGGUGUCUAUGAGCCACUCUGUUUCUUCUGUGUCUGUUAUGGAAGUAAUGAAUAAGGAAAGCUUCUGCAUAGCAGAAGGGCUCACAGUUGUUCUUGAUUUUCUUCAUUUAGUAAUUUGUCUCUUCUAUGUAUGAGAAAGCAUUUCAUGAAGUUUAAUACAACUUUGGGGUUUUCUUCUC